UCAGUCUCAUCACUUCCAAGCCCAACAUCAGAUGAUGAUGACGAUGAUGAUGACCCAUCACCGACACAGAGCCGGUCCGAGGCUGACGAUGAUGGAAGGGUCUACAAGAACCCUAGGAACUCUCCGUCAGCCAAUUGUCCACGAGAUGAGGAGCAGGCGACACUAUUGCUUCAAAAGUGUCUGAGGAAAUGCUCAUCGGAUGAAGACUGUAAGAGCAAAAAGAAGAAGUGUCUUUGCGACGGAGCCUGCGGCAUGUCCUGUAUAAAACCAGAUCGAGAAUGUCCGGAGUUGGAGCAACCGGAAAUAGGGGAGGUCCAGCUGACUGGCCGGCUCUUCGGUGACAAAGCCGCGUACUCCUGCCCCCACGGGUACCACGUGGUAGGUCUUCAGAGCAGGAGCUGCCAAGCUGACGGUAAAUGGGCGGGACAACCGCCUGCUUGCAAACAGAACAUCUACUGCCUCCAACCACCCACAAUAGAACACGCCCGCCACUCGGCCCUGCCUGAGCAGAACACGUUUGACCUGGACGCGACUGUACAGUACAACUGUCACACUGGUUAUGUGACAAAUGGGUUUCCGAGAGCGAAGUGUUUGGCCAUAGACAAUCAGGCGUCGUGGUACGGACCCGAUAUCAGCUGCGAACCCCGCUCAUGUGGGGAACCCGGUGACGUCCCCCACGGGUGGGUGACCGCUGACUGUCACACCUUCGGCUGCAGAGCCGUGGUCCAAUGUGGUCAGGGGUUCGAACUGGUGGGCAAGGCUGAGCGGUACUGCCAAGCCGACGGGGCGUGGGCCCCAAAGGAGCUCCCAACUUGUGUCCUGGUCACACAGGUGCAGUGCCCGCCCCCUGAAGCUCCUAGACACGGGAAAGCAGUGUACACCUCAUGCGCCUACAACUCCGUGGUGUCUUAUGAAUGCAAGUAUGGCUACCGAUUGGUUGGAGACGCGACGAGGCGAUGUGGAGCUGACAAGAAGUGGUCGGGAACCCAGCCGUUGUGUAAAGAAAUCAAUUGCGGUCACCCAGGUCAGUUGUGGAACGGAUGGCUGGAAAACAUAUCAUCAGGCACCGGCUUGGGUGCUUCUAUCAUUUUCCGAUGUCAAGACGGCAUGAAGAUGGAAGGAAAUGGAUCUGCUAUCUGCCAGAGUGACGGGACUUGGAGUCAUCCAUUACCCCAGUGUUUGGCUCCAUGCGUGGUACCUCACGUUUCUCAAGGCCGCGUGGUCUUGGUGGAGAACAAGACUGGUGAGAAUGACACCAACGAAGGGAACACUCAGAUCGUCGGCAGCUCAUCAAUGGUGCAACACGGUGAAAUAAUAUAUGUGGACUGCGAAAAAGAUUACGAGUUUCCAUCGAACAACGCAGCCGUGACGUGUAACAAUGGAACCUGGACUCAGAUACCGCGUUGUCAACCUGCGAGGUGUAAAAAAUUACCAAAGAACCCUCGGAAUGGCAUGGUGAUAGCUCCGAAGACGGAGCACGGGAUGAAGGCCAGGUUCCGCUGCAAAGACGGCUACGAGCUGAAGGGGAACCCCAUCGUCGUCUGCUCCUUCGGGAACUGGAGCGGGGAGGCGCCCAAAUGCGAAGAAGUGUUCUGUCCAUUCCCUGGAUACAUUGAAAACGGAAAGGUUCUGCUCGUUGGAAAUAUGGGCCUUUACGAUUACCGGCCUUACGUCAAGAAGGUGGUGAAUAAUAAACAGAUAAUGUAUGAAUGUGAGAAAGGCUAUGUGCUGUCCGAGGGUCCGCCCGGGGCUACGUGUGUUGGGGGGCAUUGGAGCCCUAGAGAGCUGCCGAAAUGCACUCUUUACCAACACCCCCGGAUACGAUGGAGCAGGAGACGGCGAUCAAUCACAGACCCCGAAUCACGUCACAGAAGAUCAGCUUACCUCAGACAAUAUUACAAUAGUUUGCGAAGACAAGCCGAUCCCACACGACAAUAUCUAGAUCAAAUAUACGAUAAAUAUAAUCACCAUACACAGAAACCUACUCUCAGGCACGCUAAUUACAAAUUGAUGAAGAAAUUCGAUACUGAUGUCGAGGAAGACAAUCCUGAUGAAUUCACAAAUUCUGAUGAAGAACAUUUACCUACCGCUGUUUAUACAGUUUACAAUGUUCAUGGAGAACCUAUUGGGCAUAGAAUGUAUUCUUACCAACCAGUUUACGAGCCAGAAGAUGAUGAUUUAAUACAUCGUGAUGACAUAGCAACUUAUUCAGAUUCAGAGGAGGAUGAGGAUUUAUCCCACAUGACAGUUUUAAGAGGUGGAACGUUUGCAGAUCAUGAUGCUGUAGAUCCGAGAAAUCCUCAUAGUAUAGAUGAAUUGAAGCAUGACUAUUUUGAGAGAUAUUUCGAUAAGAGAAGAAAGAGGUAUCUUAGUUCUAAAACUAGUGAAGAGAUUAAGAAGGAAUUGGAUAUAGAAUUAGACGCAGAAAGUGCAGUAGAGGUAACCACUAAAACUGUUGAAUCUUCAACCAAGGUCAGAAGAAAAAGGGAUAUAAAUGAGGAGGACGAUGACACAGGAUUAUAUACUUUACCACCAACAUUUAAAGAGCAAGAAUUAAUUAAUGAUAUUAGUACUAAUCAUUUGAAAGUGAUUCCUUUAGAAACUCGAUCGGAGAACGAGACCGAUAAUUACAGUCGCGAAAUGGCUGUAAUACCUUUGCAAUAUACGAAUACAAAUUCCACAGAAGUUGAUAACAUUUUGGAUAAACGUGAUAAGAGGACUAGUAGAAAAACAGAUAGGCUUAAUCAAACAACAGUCACGGUGCCCAAAACAGGUCGAGAAGGCAAAGGUGGCGGUAGACGGAACCAACAGCUCCAACAAGAACCGUCCAGCGAAGAAGGCCAAUCAGCAGAUAACAAAGACGUUAUCGAGGGCCCAAAUGGGGGUAACCAAACGGAGAAAGGGAAGAAGGGACGUCCAAAAAGCCCUUGCGAUCCUAUAGAGAGCGAGCCAUAUGUUAACAUAGAAAUUGUUAAGUAUGGAAGGGACCCCAAUAACACAUUUAGUUCUGGUACAAUAGUACGAGUGGCGUGCGGAAAAGGCUAUGGAUUAAAUUUAGAGGCGAAUGCGACAGCGAAAUGUGUGCGAGGCAGGUGGAAACCGGAGAAGCCGAAAUGCGAGAUAUUACCGUGCCACGUGCCAUCAACUGAGUACGGCAUCUACACCAUGGCUGCUGACGCCGGGCACCCCAUGACUGCCAGCCAGGUGCUGGGGACACCAGCUAUUGGUCACGGCGAGGAAAAGGAGCUGAACGAGACUGAUCCGGUGCCUAACGGACAAGUUGUACACUUCUCUUGUGAAUACGGGUACAAUGUUCAAGGCCCGACGAAUCUGCGUUGUUGGCUCGGAGAAUGGGCUGUGACGAGUAUGCCGGAAUGCGUUGCAGCACCAUGUGAGCUGCCUCUUCUCCACGGAGCUACAUACGAGGCUGGCUAUAGAGCUGGUCUCACAGUAGCCCACGCGUCUUCAGUGAACAUAGCUUGCGAGCCAGGCAGAUCUCCACCAGCCACACUGAACUGCCAUUUAGGAAGAUUACAGCCCACUGUUCACGACUUUUGUAGGCCUUUGGCUAAUUUAUCAAGACCACGACCAACGUCAGAGUUUCAGAGUGGUUCGGACAUUGUAAGAGAAGAUGUAUCUGAACUAGAACCUGAUUUAGAUAGAAAAACGAUUACUGAUUGUGGACAACCUGCGAGGGUGCAAGGGACUUUGAUAUACCGGGAUGGCGCCGAAGUGAACGGAUCUAUUGGCAUGGAGGGUUAUCCACACGGCACUGAGAUCACGUUCAGAUGUAUAGCCUCCAUCAUGGGUGAGAAGACCACUUGGAAGCUGAUCUGUGAACAUGGAAACUGGGUGGGGAAGAGUUUCAACUGUGAGGAAAUCGAAGCCCAAAACGAGGAAUUGCUGAACAACAACAGCUGCACGUUCAGAAAUGAGGAGCCACACGUCGUCUCGUUCUUCAACGACUUGGAGAUAACAGAGACUGUCGACUUUCCCGCGGGAUCUGUUAUCAUCUCUAGAUGUAGUGACAUCGGAAAGUAUGCGAUGACCGGUUCCCAAGCGCGGAGAUGCAUAGGCGGGUCCUGGGAUGGUGCAAAACCCACUUGUUUUGGACUUAACCAGGAGAAUGACUAUGCUAUGGAAAAGCCGCCCACGAUUCUGUUCCGGCACUCCGGUGGUCCUAUAGCGCAGACCAACGACGGGAAGCUGCUGGUGUACCCUGGCACCACGCUGCACAUGGAGUGCCUUUGGAUGAGGCGGUUCGGGAACCCUAAAUGGAAUGUCACACAUCACUAUCCCGACGUGGACCGCAAAUACCCAGAAGGCUGGACCACUGACCCAGGGCGGGACAGCCAGCUGGAGUACCGACUCAGCAUCAUGAGCUCUGAGAAAGAAGACUCCGGCAUAUACCGCUGUGAAACUCCCGCCAGGCAGACGCAUCAGGUCGAGAUCAUUGUUGAAGAUGUGCACUGCCCCCCGCUGCCCAUCAGACGGGGUCUCGUAGCCAGCAGUCUGGGUACUCGGCUGGGCACAGAGAUCAGGUUCCACUGCGCCAACGGGAACGCUCUGCUGGGAGCCCACAUCCUCGUCUGCAGAGCUUCAGGAAACUGGAGUGCGCCGUUACCAGUUUGUGAAAGCGUGGAAUGUGGCGAAGUGAUCCACGACACCCCACUAAACGAGGGGGAGAGGCGUCCGCGGGUGGCGGUAGUGUCGAGGGGGGUGGGGGGGAGGGCGGCCUUCUCCUGCCCCCCGGGGUGGGCGCUCAGCGGACCGACGGAGACAGUUUGCCUGCCUGCCGCUGAUUGGGCGAAGCCGUUCCCUGUGUGUAGAGAGGUAUCCUGUCCAGCAUUGCCGCCCCCCCAAUCAGGGUACGUGCUGGGUCGGGCGCCGUACAGGGCUGGUGACGUUCUCCAGUUCCAUUGCAACCCUGAACACACCCUCCACGGGAGACCUAUACUGGUAUGCCAGGAUAGCGGGCGGUGGAGCGACAAACCUCCCACUUGUGCUCAGGCGUGCACGUACCCCGGUACCACGAUAUCGGGUCGUAUGUCGUCCGUCAAAUUCUAUUACAAGAUCGGCGAGACUGUUACGUUUACUUGCGAACCUGGUUACAAGCUGAAAGGCGCUCCGAUGCUAAGGUGUCUCAAGAACAGAAAAUGGUCGAACGCGAUUCCGCUUUGCGCCCCUAUCAAUAACUUCACGUCCUCAGAUACAAUUGCAAUGCUUAAUGGAGACAUCGACGCCAUGUUGUCGGACGGCGCCAUUUUGUCGACGGACAUAUUGAAAACGCGCGAAACGCCCGCCAUUUUGUCGCCAGAGAGCUAUAAAGCGGCCAUGACGCGAAUUGCAACUUCGAAACUUUUUAAAAGGAUACCGAUCGAAAAUUACAAAAACAGGAUCAGCAGGGUGAACAGAUUAUUGAGAAGAGAAACUGUGAGAUAAUUAGUGGCUCCGAAUUAGUAGUAUUUCACUGUGUAUAAUUUUGGGCGGUAUUUAUAAACCCUUAAAAUAUUUUUAAACUUUAUGCUGAAUCUGCAUAGACAUACAUAGAAUUCUCGUGUCACAAUGUUCGUUCCCGUACUCCUUUGAAACGGCUUCACCGAUUCUCAUGAAAUUUUGUGAGCAUAUUGAGUUGGUCUGUGAAUCGGCCAACAUCUAUUUUUCACACCCCUUAGUGAUGAGGGUUGUCUACCAUUAACUUCUUUUUUACAAGAAAUUACUUAAAAAUUAUUUAUAUGGCAAAAUAACGUUUGCCGGAACGGCUAGUACUUAUUGCCUAUAAUAUUCAGAUUGCAUUGAUCUUCUGAUACCGGAUAUGUUACAUUUACACUUCAAUUUAACAAGAAAUAUCCAAUCUUAAUUUUAUUUAGAUUGAUAUAGUUAGGUUGCAUUAUUUUUAUAAUAUACCUACUUUCUAUUUUUUCCAUGUUUUUAUCUUUAUUCAUCUUAAAACCUAAAGUUGGGAUAAAAAUAUAUAUUAGGUUUAUUCGAAAAUAUUAAGAGUUAAAAAAUACAUACAAACAUAUAGUCACGUCUACGUCACAUUGCGGGGUAGACAGAGCUUUGUUGAAAAUAAAUUGUGUUAAAAAUACAUAUGUAAUGUUUGCAAUACAUUAUGAAUUUGUAAAAGCAUUGGAUUAUUUUAAAAAGUUUUUUUAUUAGUAUAUAACAAUGAUUAUUUAUUUAUAAAGUACAAUGCUGAAUUUACAUUUUCCUAAUAAUUUUUCUCAGUGAAAACAGCAGUUCAGCAGAAUUUAUAGCAACAGUUUUG